AUGAUAAUUAUUUUUUUAUUCUUAAACUCUGCAUUUGGAAUUUCAAUAAAUUUAUUCAGAAGACAAACCUUACCUCAAAAUAAUUUCUCUAAUUACUACAAUAUACAAUACUAUGGGCUUGUCAAAAUAGGUACACCACCACAAGAAUUUACAGUCAUUUAUGAUACUGGGUCUGGUGAAUUAUGGGUGCCUUCAUAUGGAUGCAUUGGUUGCCACAACAAAGAAUACUUUAGAACAGAAGAAUCAAAGACAAUCGAAGUAUCAGAUUACGUUGUAGAAAUUUAAUAUGGCAAAGGAUAAGUCAUUGGGCGAAUGGUCGAAGACUAUGUUGGACUACCACUAUCGAAUAUUCAUUCAUUUAUGCCUUUCCUUUUGAUCAUAAGGGAAACUGAAAUUCAUGGCUUGUAAAGUGAUGGAAUUAUGGGGUUAAACAAUGAUUAAAGCAUUCCUAACUUAUUUGAUAUUGCCGCUAAACAAGGACUUAUGAGUAAUUCGAUAUUUGUUAUGCAAUUAAACCAAAAUCCAUACCAAUCAAGAAUAUAUUACAAUAUAUCGGAUGAAAAAUUAAAUAAUGGUACAACAUGGAUAAAUUCAACUUCAGAUUCGUAUUGGACUAUUCAAAUUGAUUAAGCUUAAAUUUAGGAUUACAUAAUUAAUUUCAAUGAAACUCAAUUUGCCUUAUUGGAUACUGGGACUUCUGAUUUGAUCUUGAAUGAAGAAAUGUAUGAGCUAAUUUUAAAUUCGCUACUCAAGACAUGUAAAAAACAAUUCGGGAUAGUGUUUUGUCCUUGCAAUCCAAGUGAAUAGUAGAAAUAAUAUCUUCCUGAUAUUGUAGUUUUUUCAAAAGGAUAUAAAUUAAUCAUCUCUUACUCUAGUUAUAUAAUUAAAGAUGAUUCAUCAAGUGAUGGUUAUUGUUAAAUCACCCUUACAAGUAAUAAAAUAUUGAAAGAUUUCCCUAACUAAAUGAUUUUUGGAGAUCCAUUUUUCUUCAAUUACAUAACGAUCUUCGAUAAAUAAAAUAAUAGAAUUGGAUUUUAAGAUGCUAAUUUAGGGGUUUGGGAUAACUCCUAGCAAUAUUACAAUGAUUUUACAAUUGAGUUUACUGGGUUGUUUUGGUUCUCAUUGAUUGCUUACAUAAUAAUGAUAGGAGGUCUUUUCUAUUACAAUUAUAUAUUAUCAAAAGCGUAAAUUGGAAGCCCUUCCGAAUAAGGACAGUCAAUAUAAUUAUGA